AUGGCGGGUUUCGUGGUCAACGUCUAUGGUCUCAAGCAGUUGAAUCAGAAGCAGGGGAAAAAGCCAGAGAUUGCUGUUGUCAUAUAUAUGCAUGGCCGCUUCGAAGACGCCCUCGCUGAAGAUGACAUUGUCCGUGAUCUGUACAGUCAAGUUCGCAGUCUCAAAAAGACUGAAUCAGGCAGUCAGGAGCGAGACCUUUUGAUUGUCUCCUUCGAUGCACAGGACCACGGAAAGCGCCUGACAGAUCCGGAUCAGCGCGAGGAUCUUAACUCCAACCCCAAGUUCCUGUUCGACCAGUACGCCAUCCUGUUGAACAACAAAGACUAUGCUUCGUAUAUCAUUGAUUUUCUGCCCACCUUUUUGUUCCCUCGUGGUGAGCGCAAGAUGACUCGCUGGAUUGCGGCAGGUCGCAGCAUGGGUGGUCACUCGACCUGGCAUGUCUUAUCUUCUGAGCCUCGCGUUAAGACAGGUGUGGUCUUUAUCGGCAUGCCAGACUAUAAUGCGCUGAUGAAGCAGCGCUUGGGACAGCUGAACCUCACCGUCGAGCCGCCAUAUGUGCCAGACACAUUCGCAGCAUUGGUGGAUCGGACAGACCCCGCCAGGACCCCUUAUACAAGCAAAAGUGCCACAGCAAACCCUUUCUGGGGAAAACAUAUUUUCCAGGCGAACGGCGGUGCAGACCCGCUGGUACCAUUUUAUCUAUCGAAGCACUUCCUUAACAAUGUGGUGCUCGGUCCCAACGAUCAACUGACCAGGGAAUCCUUGGAGAUCUUUGUGGAGCCUAACAUCCCUCACCAGGUUACCCGGCGCAUGAUCCGCCUCGCUGCCAUGUGGAUCUACCGAUGGGAGAUUGCUAAGUCGCCGGAUGUGCCUCUGCCUCACAUCAGCUUGAAUGCUCCAACCAUGUCUCGCCCCCGCAGGCAAGCGAGGGCCAUGUUCACAUCCCCCCACAACUCUCAUUUAUGA